AGUAUCUUUUCAACUUCCAAUAACAGAGUCCCUUGCAGUUUCUUUUUACAGUGGUUGGAAACUUUUCUUUUGUGAAGCAAUUUUUUUAAGUUUGAUUAAUCUACGGAAAAGAUAAAGAGAUGGAGAAGGUGUUUGUGACAGGCGGUGUAGGCUAUUUAGCUUCUUUUCUCAUCAAGCAUCUUUUAGAGAGGGGUUACAUCGUUCAUGCUACUCUUCGAGAUCUAAGCAAUGCCUCAAAAGUGGGAUUGCUAAAAGGAUUAGCUCAUGCUAAAACAAGAUUGAAGCUAUUCGAAGCUGAUAUAUACAAUCCAAGUGACUUUGCAGCUGCUAUUCGAGGAUGUGCAUUUGUGUUUCACUUGGCUACGCCUUUGCACCACUAUGACAACAAUCCUCAGUACAAAGAUACCACCGAGGCAGCAGUGGCUGGGGUGAAGAUCAUAGCUGAAAGCUGCAUCAAAUCCAAGACGGUGAAGAAGCUCAUCUACACAGCAUCUGUGAUGGCGGCGUCGCCCUUAAUAGGCGACGCCUCUGGCUACAAGGAUGUCGUGGAUGAGACUUGUUGGACUCCUCUCGAUCUUCCCUAUAAAAUGUACUUUGACUAUAUACAUUCUAAGACAUUAGCCGAGAAAGAGGUCCUGAGCUACAACGGUCUUGGGAUAGAAGUGGUAAGCCUCGCGUGUGGGCUCGUCGGAGGCGAAACGAUCCAAUCAUUCGUCUCCGACAGCAUGGCACUCUUAAUCUCACAAGCAUUGAGUGAUGGAAUAUUGUACAAAGGUUUGAGAUCAUUGGAAGAUUUGGACUCGAAGGUUCCAAUUGCACACGUGCAAGAUGUGAUCGAUGCACACAUUUUUGCAAUGGAGAAUUCGAAUAUGAAUGGCAGAUUUCUUGUUGCUAGUGAUUUCUUGAAAUCAGUUGAGAUUGCGUAUCUCAUUAAGAAACAAUAUCCAUACAUAACCAUCCUUCCAAAGUUGGUUGAAGAUACAAAGAGAGAAACAAAAUGGGGUUCAACAAAGUUGGAGCAAUUGGGAUUUCACUACAAAUUUGGUGCUGCUCAGAUUAUAUAUGAUAGCAUUGCUUGUGCCAAGAGAUUGGGUGUAAUAUAAUUUAAAGAUAAUAGUCAGAAAAUACAAGGGUUUUUCUAUUGUCAGAUUUAUAUAAUAACAUUUUAAUUUGAUCAUUAAAUACA